CCUGUGGAAGAUACUUGCUUUCUACCAAUCCAUAACCAGACAUUUGAAUAUGCAGCUCUGGUUGCUUCCCUUCGGUAUCCGCCUUUGCGAUCGCGAUAUGAUUGGCUGUCGGCCUGAAGAUCACGGGAUCGACUCUGGCCCGAAAUCGCGCCGAAUCUUCAGAAAUUCUAGGACUCCCCUUCACGCCGCCGCCUGCGCUCUGGUCGCAGCAUCCAUCAAGAACCCGACCGUGGUUGCUGUCAAUACGUCCCACUCCGCUUCCUGUCCCUGAGUCGCUAAAUUCUAUUACAAUGGCCCAUCGCAUAAUAACACAAGUCGUCUUCACUGGCGUUCGAAUCAUAGGUCGCGCCGUUUCCGAAUCGUACCGUCAAGCUGCCGCAUCCCAGAAAUAUGCCGCUGCGGGCCAGAAAACUGGUGGUGGCUUCUCAUCAUCGACCAUCACCAUGGAUGAAGCUUGCAAGAUUCUGAACGUCGGGCCCUCGAAAAUGGGACAAAUAGACGAAGCCUUUGUCACGGAGAGAUUCAAACGGCUAUUCGACCUAAACGAUCCCAAGAAGGGUGGCAGCUUCUACCUGCAGAGCAAGAUCUUGCGAGCGAGAGAGCGCAUUGAGCGUGAAGUACAAGGGUUCAAGCAGAUGGCAGAGAGGGAACAGGAAUUAUCAGAAGGGUUCAAGCCUAAGUGGACGAAAGAUUCCAAAUGAGAUGGAUGACGCAGAAGUGAUGCGACUGCACAUACCCGUUCGAUCGGCGAGCCCUGGCCAUAAACAGCAGACCGUGAUAUUCUGUUUUCCUGCAGGCAUUAGAUGGCGUUUGGAUAAAGGCAUAGCAUUGGGCGUGGCGCUGGUGGAGAGUUUCGGCCAUGGCCCUGAGUGUGCCCGCAAGAGAGGCAUGCAGUGACCACGGGGAUUCUCCACUCUCCGCUGUAUAUAGGUCCUAUUUCCAUGGGCUUUGUAUUAUAUACUGUACCAUCGCGCUUCUAGAACCAAGAGCGACAUGCUGCUCAAAUGCAUAGUUCCAUCAAGUCAGGAU